UAGCCUUUCUCCCGGCAUUACGAACGUCACAACUCAUUACCGAAAACGAAAAUGAUCAAACAUUAACUCCCGACACUGCAAAUUCUGACAUUCCAGUCUUACGUCGAGCCAAACUUACUCGUGAUAAGAUAAUUUCAGAUACCUUUCCAAUAUCACAUAUAUCGAAUAUUAUUGUUGAAAGUUUGGCCUCUAGUUCUUCUUCUUCUAGAACAAGAUAUUCAGAACCUCGUUCACCUCGCUCAUCACUAAAUGCUCAACUGGAUGCAUUGGUAUAUAAUGCAAUAAUUAAAGACGAUGUUCAAUCUCUCGCAAAGGUUUUAGAUGAAUAUCCCGAUUAUGAUUUAAGUCGUCUUAUCAAUCCUACUUCUUCAGAAAAUAAUGAGUCUAAUAAAACUCAAGAUAGCCCUAAGACUCCUUUAAUGAUUGCUGCUUCUCUAGACUGUCAAAUGACUGUAAAUUAUUUGUUGAAGUCGAAUAUUGAAGUCGAUAUGCAAG